AUGGCGAAGAAUCUGCAAGGCCUCACGGCUAUCAUCACCGGCGGCUCGCGGGGCAUUGGAGCCGGAAUUGCGCUCGAGCUCGCCUCGCGGGGUGCCAACAUCCUCAUCACGUACCAUAGUGCCUCGUCACAGGCUGAGGAACUCGUCGCCAAGAUCCAGGCCUUGGGAUGUGAAGCACUCGCAGUACAGGCGGCCGGGAGCGACAAGGACGCACCAGGGCGGAUCGUCAAGGCCGCCGGCGAUAAGUGGUCCCACAUCGACAUCAUAGUCAACAAUGCCGGUGCCGGCGACAACUGCCUGCUCAAAGAUCUCACAUACAACUUGUGGGACAAGAUACUCAACACGAAUCUCCGUAUGGCCACAUUCCUAGUUAAGGAGGCCCUGCCGUAUCUGGGUAAGGCACCACGCAUCGUCAACAUCUCCUCGGUCAUAGCGCGCAUGGGCGGCGGGUGGGCGACGCCGUACUGCGCCUCCAAGGCGGCUCUUGAGGGCGUAACCAAGGUAUGGGCAGCGGAACUGGGCCACGAUUACAAUGCGACGGUGAACUGUGUCAAUCCGGGACCAGUGGGCACGGACAUGUGGUUGCGGGACACCGGGGCUGAGGUGCAGGCUGAGUUCGAUGCAAAGAUGAAGGAGACUCCAGCGGCGCCGAGGAUCGGGACUGUUGAUGAUGUUGCACAGAUUGUGGCAUUUCUGUGCAGUGAGGAGAGUCGUUGGAGUACAGGAAGUACGGUUAACGCAAAUGGCGGAUUGUGCUUCGUAUAG